AUGACGUCCGCCCCAGGACUGGCCUUCGCCAACCUGACGUUGAUGUUGGACCUACCCCAACUACCAGCCAUCUUCUUUGUCAACGUACGGAAUAACUUCCAUGUCCUGAUGAACGAGAUCAAGCUGAACACAGUGGAGCAUGAAGAGAUAUUUUACCCCCAUAACAGAAUUAAUUUGCAGAAUGGGCAGAUCAACAAAAUGGGUCGGAGUCGGAAAUACAGCAACAACAGGAACUGGCUCUUCGGCACGCCCUUCUAG